AUGGCAGUGAUGAAAAUCAAGUUUAACCAGAAGAAAAGAGUAAAACUAGCCCAAGGAUUAUGGCUAAUGAAUUGGUUUUCAGUGUUUGCUGGAAUUGUUGUUUUUUCUAUGGGACUUUUUCUGAAAAUUGAACUCAGGAAGCGAAGUGAAAUGAUGGACAAUUCUGAAAGCCACUUUGUGCCCAACUCUUUAAUACUGGUAGGUCUACUUGCCGGUGUAUCUAAUGCUCUUUCUGGCAAAAUAUGCUACGAUUCCCUGGAUCCUGCUAAAUUUGAAAAAUGGAAAUUUUUCUUGAAAUUCUAUUUAAUGAUAUGUGUAAUUUUUAAUGUCUUCAUUUUUUUAAUUGCUUUUAUUUGCUUUCUGAUGAGGGGUUCUCUUGACUAUACACUGGCAGAAGGGUUAAAAAAUAGUAUGAAAUUCUACCGUGACACAGAUACUCCAGGAAGAUGCUUCAUGAAGAAGACAAUUGAUAUGCUCCAGAUUGAGUUCAGAUGUUGUGGAAAUAAUGGUUACAGAGACUGGUUUGAGAUUCAGUGGAUCAGCAACCGAUACUUAGAUUUUGGUUCCAAGGAAGUGAAAGAUCGCAUUAAAAGUAACGUGGAUGGCAAAUACUUGGUGGACAGUGUUCCCUUCAGCUGCUGCAAUCCAAGUUCUCCACGGCCAUGCAUCCAGUACCAGGUUUCUAAUAAUUCAGCUCACUACAGUUACGACUACCAAACAGAAGAACUCAAUAUAUGGACUCGUGGCUGCAGAGAGGCUCUGCUUAAUUACUACAGCGGCAUAAUGACCUCCAUGGGAGUGGUUGCCCUCUUUGUCUGGCUUUUUGAGAUAUUAGUAUUGAUAGGGUUGCGUCUAUUGCAUACCUCUCUGGAAAAUAUCACCAAUCCAGAAGAUCCUGAAUGUGAAAGUGAAGGAUGGGUCCUGGAGAAGAGCCUGAAAGAUACUUUCAAAUCUACCUUGGAAAAUUUGAAAAAUAUUGGUAAGGGAAACCAAGUGAAUGCUGAAGGUGCAGAAGAUGAAGGUUCAAAAACUCAAGCUGUUGCAACCGUCAGCUGA